AGGACGAACGACUGCAGCGGCAGGCUCAAAUCAUUUUGAACGUUGCAGGUUUGAAAGCGGCUGUAAGACUCAAGCCAUAAACAACACUAACAAAACUAUAAUCUUUUAUUUAUUUUAUUUAAUAUUUACAUACUUUUAUUUUAGUGUUUUUGCUGCGGAUUGUUUGCGGACAUUCGUGAUUCGAGGAUGGACACGGCAGUGAUAAAGAGCAAUAAAGAGAACUCCAAACCAGAAGCUGGAGUGAAAACCGUCCCCAGAUGUGUCGUAUCCAAACAGAAGCUGAUUAAAUCUGAACCCCUGCAGUCCAAAAAUGAUCUACAGGAGGCAAACAUGGCUGGAAAGGUUGGGUCUAAACCUCUAAUCAAACCAGCUACAAAAACCAACGCUUCAGAUUCUAUAGCACGGAAAACGCUGAGCCAGGCCUUCCACACCCAACAAUCCACCAGGCACAGGAAGCUGGUCAUUGAGGUUCCGAAGCCACCAGCAUCCGUGCCCCCCAAAACUAUCCCCGGCACCUACAAGGGCAGAGUGGUGAAGUCAAAAAUCGACUGCUUCAGGAAGCCGGCCACCGGUGACGAGAAGACAGCAGACGCUCAAGCAAACGCAGCUAGGCCUAAUCCUGAGGUGAGGACUUUGUCCAAGGUUCGCUCCAAGUCUGUCACCACUGUACCUGGUUCCUCUAAAGCGAGACUGCCUCCUAACCUCGCUGGCAGAGUGAAGUCCGUGUCUGACGUGGCACAGAAACCAGUGGUGCAGACCAAAGCUCCAACUCACUCGGCUGCAAAACCAGUUACAACGUUCAUAAAGCCACCCAGAGUGCCCACAAGGCCACCUACAGCCUCCGCAAGGGCACCUACAGCCUCCUCAAAAACGGCCGCAGUGCCCGCAAGGCCAGCAACGACCUCCAGUAAACCAGCUCCGAUCUCCAAACCCACAUCGUUCAUCAAGAAGAAAGAACCAUCGGUGCAAACCAAACCCAAACUCACAGCCGCUGCUGGUGAUCAGAAAACACACAAACCCGCCCCGAGCAGCACCAGCCAGUACAGAAUCCGGGCGGAGUCCGCAGAGGAGCGCCAGGCGAAGCUGGCAGCAUGGCUGGCAUCGAAGGGCAAGACCCUGAAAAGACCAGCGGUCACGGAGAAAGCAGCUCCCCGAACCAGCAAAGCCGAGGUCGUCGUUAAAGAAGAGGCACAACCCCAGGUCAUCCCGGCUCAUCAGACCAAACCUGAGGAGGUUCCUCAGAGUCAAGCCGUGUUCACCAGCAGCCCCAGCCACAUCAUCAACACCACCCUGGACCUGCUGGAUAACUCCGACCUGGACCUGCCCGCAGACCCCGAGAUCAGACUGGAGUCGUUGGUGGUGAAUCUGUGUGAUCGACUGGAGGCCAUGGAAACUCCGUCCUCGUGCGACAGAGGUGAAGACGAUGAAGCUGAGAUGUUGACCGAGCCGAAGGUGGAAGAAGGAACCGAUAAAGAAUACGAGAUCCUGGAAGAGGAACUAAAAGAGGAGACACAGGAGCAGGAUGGUGGAGAGGACGAGGAGAAGCCGAUUAAACGUGAGGAGAAGAUGAAGAAGACGAGCGAAGAUGAGGAGGAUGAUGAUGAUGAGAUGGAUUCCACACCAGCAGAUGCUGCAGAAGGGUGUGUGGUGAAGUACAGUGUGAAGACCACGCCGUUCCUCCAGAGUGUAAAGAAGAAGCUGGACGGCGAGAUGGUUCCAGGAACUCCUGGUUCUCGGCGUAAGGGUGGCAUCAAAGAGCUGAAGUACCUGACCCCCGUGCGCCGCUCCUCCCGAAUCCACAGGUACUCGUCCCGCCUCCCGGACAUGCUGAACGAGCACGACCCGUGCGUCUCCUCUCUCGCCGAACUCGAGCUGCUGGACGCCGCCGACACCAACGCCUACAUCUACAGGAAGAACCCGGCGCUGCUGCAGCACCAUCCCCAAAUCCAGAACCUGCACGAGCUGAUCGACGAGGAACACUGAACUCAACACAUCGAGCACACUGAAGGGGGGGUCGUGGGGGUUCUGCUGCAUACUAAACAUUUUACUACACCCAAAAAAAAUGACAUUUUUAAUGAAAAUUUUAGGAUAAAAAAAGGUGAAGAGCGUACUCAACCCUAGUACCUAAAUCCAUACACACAUUGUUCUGACACACCAGAGAUAAACACACUCACACUCUUGAAGACAGACACUACAUUUGAAUUGAUUUUUGUCAUAUUAAAAUUGGGGGGGGUAGUCACAGUAGUAGCCAGGUGGGUAGAGCUUUGGGCCAUUAUUGUUUGGAAGGUUGUGGGUUCAAAUCCUGACUGUUAUGCAGCCACUGUUGGACCCUUGAGCUUGACCCUCUCGGAUCAUAUACAGUACAUGUAUGUAUAUAUAUGACAACUAGAGGCAUUCCAGCUGUAUUUCUAUUAAUAAUUCUAUUGGCCACUAAAUGAACACACAUUAUUUUAAUUAAAAAAAGAUUGUUUUACUGAAAGCUGCUGGAAUCGAUGCAGAUUUUUUAAAAUAACAACAGUGUGUGUGUGUGUGUGGAACUUUGUUCUAUUAAACUAAACAAACCUCUACUGAGGACUCUAAAUGUUGAUUAUGAUUUUUGUGUAGGAGAAAAAUACAUAUUCAGAAUUGUUUACUCUUGAACACUAUACUUAGGAGCACCGCAGUGGAACGUUCUGGUCCGGAUCCCUGAGUCGGAUGUCCUUAUUUUAUCCGGGUCUGUUAGUGGCACUGAGCACACACUGACAAGUGCACCUCAAUGGCCAGGCUGUUUGGACACCCCCAAUAGCCCUUUAAUCCCGGACAUAGUCAGUAACAUCUGUGUAGACGGCAGAUAGCACCACUGAGAUUUAAACCUGGGCAAAAUACAGAAACUGCAAAGUAAAAAAGUAAAGUGUUGUCAUGAACUGUGGGCUCAAUAUCACUUCUAUCUGUUUUUCUGCAGUGAAAACUGUUAGUAUUUGAAGUAAUAUGAUUAAAAUGUUUUAAAUCUGAUUUUUUUUAUUGAAAUGAAAAAUGGUGAGGUGAUAUUUUUUCAUAUUUCAGUGUAAUAUAUAAACAUAUCUAACACUUGGUGAAUGAAAACCUCACUAAACGAGCUUCUAAUACAAGCUGCUUUACAUGAAACGGUGAACUACUAAAGAAAACAAACCAGCGCUUGCUGGUGCCUGGUGUUGAGCUGUAUUGGUACUAAAAUCCUGCAUAAUUCAUUAUUACUGAAGUAAAUACUACAUGUGUUUGAAUACUGCUCUGAAUGCUGCAUUUCCCAGUUUAAAGCUGCACUGUGUAACUGUUUUUGGUAAAGGUUAAAGCAAUCUUGCAUCUUCAUAAUUAUUAUUUAAUGUCCUGUUUGGCACAUGAACUCCUAAAAUGUUCUUUUAGUGUUACUUAUAUAAAUAUCAUUUUUACUAGUAAGGUCUUCACAUCGUCAGAAGUUACAUAUCACAGCUUUAAAGAAAAUAUAAUUUGUUUAUAGUUUUUUUUCUAUUUUCUGUGCUGUCUCAGCAUGUUCAUGUAUGUGUUGUUUGUACCUGUCCUGUUUCUCCAGCUGUAUAAAUUAGUUGUACACGUGCAGUAAUAACAGAACGUUAAUAUUGAUGAUGAGUAGAAUGAUGAACAGUGGCCUGUAACACUCAGCCUUCAACAGUUUAUCAUUCUGGAGAGAAUAACUCUGUCACAUGAUAUGUGUGGGGUUAUUUUUAAUAAAUAUUAAGUUCUUUA